GCAGUGAGGUCGGGGGAAGUAUUGCACACUACACGUCUGAGCUUCUUGGUCGUGAGAUGAAACCGCACGCAUUUUUACGAAGAACUGCAGUAGCUCACUUCCUUUCAUAGUCGGACUUGCUGUGUUUUAAACAAUAGACAUUUUUCCAAUUUACAUGUAAGAAAAGUGAAGAAAGAAAAAAAAAAACACUGGUAAGAUGGCUUGCAAAUGGAUCCUGAAGGUACUUAUGGUCGUCUUCAACUGUGCAAUCUUUUUAGCAGGAGCUGCAAUUGUGGUCAUCGGAGUUUUGGUCGAAAUGAAAAGAAAUCAUAUACUUCGAGUGGUGGAACACGUUAAGGACAUUUCCCCCGAGUUAGCACAUCUGUCUAAUGCUGGCUACCUGCUGAUCGCUGUUGGGGCCGUACUCACUUUCAUGGGCUUCCUGGGCUGCUGCGGAGCCUGCUGCGACAAUAAGUGCAUGCUCAUGACUUUUUUCGUCAUCAUCCUCAUUUUGUUUGUCGUGGAGGUGGUUUCAGCGGUAUACAUUCUGCUUUACCAGUCUAAGGUGGGGGAAGUGCUGGGAAAAGUUAGUGAAAAAUUUGCCAAGGAGAUCAAGGAACAGUACGAUACAAACGAAGUCUUCACUAAAACGUGGAAUGAGACGAUGACUCUGCUGAAAUGCUGUGGAUUCAGCAACUACACCGACUUCACUGGCUCUGCAUUUGUAAACCGCACCUCACUGUACCCCGAGUUCUGCUGCUCGCCAGCAUCUGUACAGUGUGUUGAAGGAACUGCAGCUUCACAGCAUGUGCCCGGAUGUUUGGAUGCUGUGGUGAAGCUGGUGAAGAGUAACUCUGCUUUGCUAGGGGCCGUGGCUAUUUGUGUCGCUGCUAUAGAGGUUGCUGCAAUGAUCGUGUCCCUGAUACUGUAUAAUAGCAAUAAUUAAAUCUGGAAACCUGCAGGAGUGGUUUUGUUUUUUUUUUUUUUGGACAUUUUUUAGUAAAAUCUUGUAUAUUUCAUUAAUAAAUUUGUAAACACAAAAUUUAUGCAAAAAAUAAAAAAAAAAAUUUUUUAAAUGGGGCAAAUACAGUUCUAUAGGCCAGUGAAUUUUUUGCAUAAGUUUUGUGUUUACAAAUCUGUUCAGUAAUAUUGGCACCCUUGGUAAAUAUGAGCAAAGAAGCCUGUGAAGUAUUGUCUUUAUUGUUUAACCUUUCGAUCUUUUGUUUUUAAAAAAAAAUCCACACAAAUACUCUGCUCUAGUGGAUAUCAAACAAUUGCAAACAAAACACAGGUUUGUAAAAAAAAUCUUUGUUAAAUAUAGGUCUGCAACAAUUGUUGGCACCCCUAUGAAUUCAUAUUAGAAAAAUAUAUAUAUUUUUUCAAGUAUAUUCUCAUUGAUAUUUGACAUUUUUUUAGUACACCUGGGUGACUAGGACUAGUCAUUCAUAACAAUGGGUAAGACCAAGGAAUAUAGCUGUGAUGUGUGGGAAAUGGUUAUAUAUAUAUAUAUAUACAUAUAUAUAUAUGUGUGUGUGUGUGUGUGUGUGUGUGUGUGUGUGUGUGUGUGUACUGUAUAUUAUGUUUCUUCAUGUGUACCUUUUUGUUUUAAGCAAUUAUGUAUUAUUUUUCUGCUUUUUCAUCCCUUCAGUGUUUGCUUUACAUGCUAAAAUCAUGCAUGGUCAGUCAUUUGAGUGGUGUUCCAUUCAAGUUUAGCACCUAUUAAUCAGGAAGUAUACUGUAAGUCUGAUCGAGCUGAAGUUAGGUAUACUCCAUUGCCAUGCUAAUCUGUAAGUGAACUUCUAAUGGUGGCUGGGUUACUUAAGAACAUGGCCACCAUCAGCCAAUCAGCUUUCAGCAGGAAUUUCCCUGUAUUAACACGAAGCGACCACUAACUGGUUUCAUAGGCAUGAUUUUAUCACACUUUACCUUACUUGUGUCAUUUCACAUCCUGUGCAACAAACAAUGGUGAAAUGUUACAUACAUACAUAUAUAUAUAUAUAUAUAUAUAUAUAUAUAUAUAUAUAUAUAUAUAUAUAUAUAU